CUCCCGCGCAGCUAAAUAACAACAAUCCAUCUUGUCAACCUCGCGUCUCUUCUUCUUUAUCCUCCCACGCUCUGGUAGCUUGAACCCCCCUACCUUUCGCAAGUCUCCUUUGAACAGUAGACUCUUCUUAUCUUUCAUUUAAUUUGAUCGAUCGGAUCUGUUCUCUUCUGUUGCAGCUAUGCGUUUCCACGCUGCAGCUGCUCUCUCCGCUGCGGCUCUGCUUGCGGGAUCCGUCAAUGCAGAUGCCCAGUCUGUCCUGAGCGAAGCUAGCUCUUCUGUCUCCAGUGUAGCCAGCGAUGCUUCCGCAGCAGAAUCCUCAGCUUCUGCUACCUCUACCGGCAUUGAACUGCCAACCUUCACUCCCACAACCAUCAAGGCCGAUUUCAUCGAGCAAUUCACAGACGACUGGGAGGAACGGUGGAAGCCAUCCCAUGCCAAGAAGGACACGAAGGGCUCUGCCAAGGAAGAGGAGUGGGCAUAUGUUGGAGAAUGGGCGGUAGAGGAGCCCCAUGUCUUCAAGGGUAUGGAGGGUGACAAGGGCCUGGUCGUCAAGAACGCAGCUGCUCACCAUGCCAUCUCGGCCAAAUUCCCCAAGAAGAUUGACAACAAGGGCAAGACCCUCGUCGCUCAAUAUGAGGUUAAGCUUCAAAAUGGUCUUGAAUGUGGUGGUGCUUACAUGAAACUCCUCCGCGACAACAAGGCUCUCCACCAGGAUGAGUUCUCUAACGCAUCUCCUUAUGUCGUUAUGUUCGGUCCCGAUAAGUGUGGAUCCACCAACAAGGUUCAUCUUAUCAUCAACCACAAGAACCCCAAGACCGGCGAAUAUGAGGAGAAGCAUCUGAAGACCCCCCCAGCGGCUAAGAUUGUCAAGACAUCCGAGCUCUACACUUUGAUCAUCCACCCCAACAACACUGCCGUGAUCAAGGUGAACGGUAAGCAAGUUAAGGAGGCCAACCUGCUCGAAGACUUCACUCCCGCUUUCAACCCCCCUAAGGAGAUUGAUGACCCCAAGGACACCAAGCCAGACACUUGGGUUGAUGAGGCCCGCAUUCCAGACCCUGAUGCAAAGAAGCCAGAAGACUGGGAUGAGGAUGCGCCUUUUGAGAUUGUCGACGAGGAAGCUGUUAUGCCAGAAGACUGGCUUGAGAACGAACCUCUCACUAUUCCCGACCCAGAGGCUGAAAAGCCAGAGGAUUGGGAUGAUGAGGAAGAUGGAGACUGGGUGGCCCCAUCCGUCCCCAACCCCAAGUGUGACGAGGUCUCAGGAUGCGGCAAGUGGGAGAAGCCAAUGAUCAAGAACCCAGCCUACAAGGGCAAGUGGACCGCACCAUACAUUGACAACCCAGCAUACAAGGGCCCGUGGGCUCCUCGCAAGAUCAAGAACCCAGACUACUACGAGGACAAGACCCCAGCUAACCUUGAGCCUAUGGGAGCCAUUGGUUACGAGAUCUGGACCAUGCAGAGCGAUAUCCUCUUCGACAACAUCUACAUCGGCCACUCAAUCGAGGACGCUGAGAAGUUUGCUAACGAGACCUUCUUCAAGAAGCACCCCGUUGAAGAGGAACUUGAACUCGCAUCGAAGCCCAAGCCAGAUGAGAAGCAGCCACCCCGAUCCCCAUCCGAUCUCGUCUUCAUGGAUGACCCAGUCCUCUACAUCAAGGAGAAGCUCGACCUGUUCUUCACUAUCGCCCAAAACGACCCCAUCCAAGCUAUCAAGUUCGUUCCUGAGGCUGCUGGUGGUCUUGCCGCUCUUGCCGUUACCAUCAUCGCAGUCAUCGUCGGUCUUGUCAGCAUGAGCGGCUCUUCCCCGGCCCCAGCCAAGAAGGCUACUGGCAGCGCGAAGGAAGCGGCUACUAAUGCCAAAGACAAGGCUGCGGAGGCAGUGGCUUCGGGAACAGAGCAAGCGAAGGAGGCUACGAAGCGUUCUACAAGGAGCACCUCGUAGAGAGGGGAAUGGG